CUCCCUCCAACGCAACCAUUUUGGCGGGAAAACCAGUGUCGCAGAGAGAGAGAUGGGGGAGGAAGACGAGUCAGGCGUAGAGCAGUUGGUGGAGGAGGAAUUCGCUGUGUGGAGGAAGAACACCCCGUUCCUGUACGACCUGGUCCUCUCUCACCCGCUCGAGUGGCCUUCUCUCACCGUCCAGUGGCUCCCCUCUCCUCUGCCGCAACCCUCCGAUGGAUCCUUCGCCGUGCACAAGCUGGUUCUUGGGACCCACACCGCCGAUGACUGCCCAAACUUCCUCAUGGUCGCCGAUGCUCACAUCCCGUGUAGCCCUGCCACGUCGACGGCGACGGGAGCGGCGACUGACAUGAUUCCCAAGGUGGAGAUCAUACAACAGAUACAUGUUGAUGGAGAGGUGAAUAGGGCACGAUGUAUGUUUCAGAACCCAUCUGUUGUUGCAGCAAAGACUAGUGGGCGUGAAGUGUAUGUCUUUGACUGUAGCAAACACUCAAUGAAGGAGGAAGGAGCAUCUUGCAACCCUGACUUGAGAUUGAGGGGUCAUGAUAAAGAAGGGUAUGGUUUGUCUUGGAGCCAACUAAAAGAGGGUUACCUUUUGAGUGGUUCAAAUGACUGCAAAAUAUGUUUGUGGGAUGUUUCCUCAAUGCCUCAAGAUAAAGUGCUCGACGCAAUACAUGUUUAUGAGGCUCACGGAAGUGUGGUUGAGGAUGUAGCCUGGCACUUAAAGAAUGAGAAUUUGUUUGGGUCUGUGGGGGAUGAUUGCUACCUAAUGAUUUGGGAUUUGCGCACAAACACAGCCCAACAUUCUGUCCAAGCUCAUGAGAAAGAGGUGAACUACGUAUCCUUUAACCCUUAUAACGAAUGGGUUCUGGCUACUGCAUCAUCAGAUACUACUGUUGGUUUGUUCGAUAUACGGAAACUGGCAUCUCCAUUGCAUGUUUUGAGUAGCCACACGGAGGAAGUAUUCCAGGUAGAAUGGGAUCCUAAUCAUGAAACUGUUUUGGCAUCGUCCGCUGGUGACAGGAGACUCAUGGUUUGGGACCUUAACAGGAUUGGAGAUGAGCAGUUGGAAGGAGAAGCUGAAGAUGGCCCACCGGAGCUUCUGUUUUCUCAUGGCGGUCACAAAGCAAAGAUAUCUGAUUUCUCGUGGAACAAGAACGAGCCGUGGGUUAUUUCAAGUGUAGCUGAAGACAAUAGCCUUCAAAUAUGGCAAAUGGCUGAUAGUAUUUACCGCGAGGAUGAUGAUAUCCAAACUGUGAACUAAUCUGUAACUCCCACAGGGGUGUAGUGCAAUCUCUCCCUAGAGGUUAAGCUUUGAGUUAGAGGAUAUGUCUUAUACAUCUGAUAUGAUGUUUGAUUUGAAACUUCUUGAACUUUUAGUUCGUUAACAUGAUCAUCUACUUUGAUCAAA